AGGGUUCUGAGACCGUCCAUUUGUUUUGGUGAAAGGAAAAAAAGAGUGAUCGAUAGAGAGAGAGAGACUGUGAGAGGAAAAAAAGAGUGAUCGAUCUAGAUUUAGAAACUGAAAAAGGAGAGAAUUUAGAAAGAAGGAGAACUGGGAUCUGAUUCUGGUUUUGUUUUGGGUUGCUUGGAAGGGUUUGACUUACCCACAUCGGUUGAUAGUCGGUAAUUUAGAAAGAAGCAGAAGAGGGAUUUCGGUUUUGCCCUUCGUCGUCGGUGAAUUAGGGCCUGUCGCUGUUAAUUUGGAUCAGAGGGUCGGUUUUGAAGAGAAAGAGAGAGAAAGGUUGUUGUUCAGACCCAAAAAAAAAAAAAAAACGAAAGAAAGGUUUGUGGUGUUUGAAGAGAAAGAGAGAGAAAGAGGAUUUGGUUUCAACAGUACCGAAUUUGUGCCUUUAGCGAGUUUGACAAGAGUUUGUGUAUUUUAUGCAAAAGAAUUUUGGCACCAUCUUUCUGCAGCUGUUCCUUUGCCUAUUGCUCAGUGUCGUCUUGCUUGCUUAUUCUUAUUCAGUUAUAAACGAUUUUAGGAGCAGUUUGCAGCCAGAUUAUUCAACUGUCUUGAAUUCGGGACGGUUUGUUUUGGGCCUGGUUGUGUUUAGGGCUUCAACAUAAAAUCCCCAUCCACUCCAAAUCUCCAAUUGGUGAGUGACAAUGGCCCAAUCAUCAACCAGUGGAAAGAGGGCAAAAACAUCCAUCCACGAUGACGUCUCCGGCAACGACGCCGCCGCAAUUGAAGCCUACAAGACUUACGUACGGGUGAUGUCUUGCAUUCCCCCAACCCACUUCAAAGAGAUGGAGAAAACCAAACCAGAGAGUAUGCGUAAACUUAAGUUGAGCCUCGAAUCCAGGGACCGACUGAAAGAGAUACAUGCUGACAUCGUCAAGGAGGAAGCCCUCUUUGUUGAGGAGAGAAAGAGAUGGGUGGCAGAUAACCGGGAUCUCUAUACUGACAUGAAUCAGUUUUUUGUCAAAAGAUGUCAAUGGGAAACUGAUUUUAAGGAAAUCCACUUAAAGCCUCUUUAUGAAAAGAGAUGUAUUGCUGCUAAAGGAGUCCCUGCCUUUUGGCUUACUGCAAUGAUUGCUAACAAGACACUUUAUAAGCAGAUUGCAGAGAGAGAUACAAAGGCUUUGUACUUUCUGAAUGAUAUCGAGUCUAGUAGGACAAUUGAUUUGAAAGGAUUUGAGCUGAAGUUCACCUUUGGCGAUCAUAAUCCUUAUUUUAAGAAUAAAGUCUUAACUAAAAAGUAUGAGGUGAUUGAUGACAACGAGUCUGUUUCGUUGAAGGCAAUUGGGACUAAAAUAGACUGGUAUCCUUCUAAAAAAUUGACGCAGCAGAGUGGUAAAAGCAAUGAAAGUUUCUUUAAGUUCUUUAGUUCAUAUGCUACUGUCGAUCCUCUUUCUUUUGACAAAGAAGCUGAUGAACUCAAAGGCGACCUUCCGACGGAUUAUUUAAUUGGUACCAAGUUUCGGGACAAGAUCAUUCCACAUGCUAUUUCCUGGCAUGCAUUUUCAGAACACGAUGAUAGUGACUUUGGAGAUGACAGUGAUGAAGAAUGUGAGCGUUGCUCAAGGUGGUAGAUAAGAAAAAGUCGCAGAGGCUUCUGGAGAGUCCGUGAUUUUUGGCAUGUUGACAUGGGCACAUGGCUACCUCUGUUUUUACUCUUAUUACAUUAUGUUGGGUAAUACCAAGGGAGUCUUUUUCAAAAGAUGACUUGGAGUUAAUUUUUGUUAAUUUUUAAAGUCAUUUAGUUCUUUAGUGCUAAUUUUGUAAUCAAGUUUCAUGGAUCAUUCAUGGAGUUACCUUACUUGAUCUUGUUAGGAAAUCAGGCCAUGCUAUAAGCCUGAUGAUGACCAGUUA